AUGAAUUUCAAUCCAGCAGUGUUAUUCUUCAACCAAGCCAAGCUAGUCGGGGGCUCGACAGCUGAGUUUGCCGGAAAUGCUGCGACUGGUCUCCUUCAGAAAGCCAAGUUUUCGCGAAAGAAGAUACCCAAGUUCCAGUACCGAGAUAAAAUCCAGGCAGACAAGAUACGCCUUAUCAGAUUCGUCUGGGACCCUGCCUGCGACCCAAAGAUAUCUGAUGUCGUCCUGUCUCUGGAGACGCAUGCAAUUGGCCCAACUUGUCCUAGCUAUGUGGCCCUUUCGUACACUUGGGGCCCCCCAAAGCUAGCGGCAUUUUUCACCAGAAACCAAUACAGCGAUCUUGAGAAGAAGGUUCUGUGGAUUGACCGACACCGGUUUGAAGUGCACCCUAACCUGUAUGACGCCUUGGCACAUGUUCGCGACUUGUACCCUCCCAACACGCUCUUUUGGGCCGAUGCUAUUUGCAUCAAUCAGGGAGAUUCGGAUGAAAAGAUGCAGCAAAUCCGGAUUAUGGAUCUUGUAUAUGGCGGAGCAGCAAAGACGGUUGUUUGGCUAGGGAAAAAGAGCCAUGAUAUUGCCCGAGCAGUCUCAAUACUGAACCGCAACGCGGAAGCAACGCGACGAGGGACCCUAGAGCUGCUAAAGACUCAUGGCGAAGGACAGUACACAGAGCCUAUUUUCAUCACCGACACAACUGCCUUCUUACGGUUCGGCAUCACACCGUUCUCUUACCAAGAUUGGAAAUCGCUUGCCGAGCUGUUCUCGAGGCGGUGGUUUGGGCGAGCUUGGAUGGUGCAAGAAAUCGCCCUGUCAACUCAUGUUGAAGUUCUUUGCGGCGAUAUUUCAUUUGACUGGGAUGCCCUCGCCUGGUUUGCUUGUUUUGUCUGUCUCACCCAUACCGCAACCAGCAUUAUGCAGUUCUACCCGAACAAUACCGAUCUCCUCUUCAUGUCUUUAGGACUUACUUUUACCGUUAGUUUGCAGUUGGCUCGAACUUGGACUGGGAAGAGUUCGUCUGAGGUGUUGGAUCUGGUGCGAGAGCUUGAUUUCAUGGCCGGCCUUGAGGAGAACGGUCCAGGUAGCGUUCUUCUCAAAUUGGUCUUUGGCUGCUAUGGGUUCAUCGCCACAAAGAGGCGGGACAAGUUUUACGCCUUCCAUGGCAUCCUGCACGCAAUUACCGGAUUCGACUAUGCCCAACAUCCCGACUUCACCCCUGAUUACUCUACUUCGACCACGGAAGAGGCUGUCUGCUUGCGAAUGUGCAGAGCAAUUAUUGAAGAGACUGGAUCUCUCAAUCUCAUCACCUUGGCCGGUGAAACUGGAUACAACAUCAUCUUCCCACGACUACACCCCCUUCCGUCAUGGGUCCCAGACCUACAGCCUUUCCGCCAAGCUAUUCCGCUCCUCUGUCCCAACUUCCGCCGCACGCGAGGUUACAAUAGCGGCGGGUCACAUAUUCUACCAGCCAUGAAACCCGUCUUUGACCCAUCCAACCCUAGCAAGCUCUGGGUCUACGCCAAGAAGCUUGGUACCGUUCGCGCCGUGGGAAAUUCCUGGCAAGAGAUGGCGGUCCGCAAUCAACUGAAGAAGACUUUUCAAAUGCUCAAGAGCCUCCCCUCCAUCUACUCACCCACUGGGCAGCACAUUAUAGAGGCGUUCUGGAGAGUGUUGCUGACCGACAGUGACAUGGCGAACCGACCAGCGCACGACAAUUUGAGGGCGUAUUUUAGAGACUGGCUCAUGUACAAAAUACUCAAGCUGGUUCUCAAUCAGGUCGAUUCUCUUACCAACCGGCGUGCUAACCCCGUGGAGGAGCGAAUCAAGUUCUUCCAAGAAUACGCCGAAAUGCAAGACUUGGCUAUGAACGACCCUACUGGUAUCAUCCCUUCAGAGACUGAGGUUCAACGCCGUUUGGUGCAGAUUGGUCACCCGGCCGGGGGCCAAACAAUCCCUGUUCCAAGGGAGACUAAGACGCGGACAUUGGAUCUCUGGAAGAUGUCGAGCCAUCGGUUCGAGCCAUUCGCCCUCUACUUUGCCAACUACAAGAGAGUAUUCGCCCUCGAUUCAGGGUACUUGGGAAGCGGGCCCGAAGACCUUAUGGUUGGACGGUCGGUAUGGCUAUUGUCCGGCUGUCCGACGCCUCUUAUUCUUCGUGAAGUAGGUGGUGGUGAGUCCUUUAAAGUGGUUGGCGAGGCGUAUGUACAUGGGGCCAUGUUCGGUGAGGCCAUUUCCGCUGGAAUGUGGUGGGAUCAGAUUUGUCUCGUUUAG